ACAUGGACGAGGUUCUGCCGAAGCCUCGGUUCCACCUGGACCUCUGGCUCGGCUUCACUGUCCAGAACUGGGUCCUGGAUGUGGGCCGGCCUGUUGUCAUGCUCGUCCUCCCAGCAGACUGGUUUCCUCUGAACCGUCCUGCUGCUGCAGAUUAUCUCCACUUCCUGUACAACAUCACCGCCCCGCUCAUCCUGCUGAAGAUGCUCGAACGCAGCCCCAGGACUCCGCCCCUCCCGGCCGUCCACCUCUGCAUCGUUGCCGUCGUGAUGGCGACCAGCUUCCACCUGGUGGCCGACUCCGUCACCCGUCGCCUCCUGCUGAUUGGCUACCAGCUGCACGUGUCCGUCAGAGAGAAUCCGGUCAUGAAGAACCUGGAACCCUCGUCUUUGGUCGAUGCCUUCGAGCUCCUGUUUUACUAUGACGACACGCUCGGUCACCUGAUGUGGUACAUCCCUCUCUUCCUCAUCCUCUUGCUCUUCUUCAGUGGUUGUUUCUGCCCCAGGAGUCAGGAGGAGAGGAUGCCCUCAGCAGCGUGGAUGCUACUCGCUCCAAACGCGGCCUACUACUGGUACCUGAUCACCGAGGGACAGACCUUCAUCCUCUUCAUCUUCACCUUCUUUGCAAUGACCGCCACAGUGAUGCACCAGAGGAGGCGGGGCAUGGUUCCCGACAGCAACGGCCUCUUCAUGCUCUACAGUUUCUCUGCAGCUCUGUGCCUGGUGGCGGUCUGGGUGGCCGGUCUGUGGAACGACCCCGUCCUGAGGAAGAAACACCCCGGGCUGAUCUACGUCCCGCAGCCUCGAGCCGUCUACACCCUCUACCUGGGCCGGGUCGCACAGACGUGUUGA